UAUAUUCACCGUGUGAUCGGCCAGCCCUUCUCUUCUCCUUGCUCUCCUUUCCGUCCCCACUGAUAUUCCCAGCGGUCAUCUCUAGCCAUCAUGGGUGCCGUCGACCGACUCAGGGGUCGCAAGACCAACCACGUCGUGGAUGACCUCCAGCCGGUGGAAAAUGAUAAUUCCGAGAAUCGCCAGACGAAGGAACCUACUGAUAACGUCGGUGAGAAGGAGGCCGCGGCCCAGGAGCGUCCUGAGGAGGUUUCCCGCGAAGCUCCGAUUGGUGUGCAGAAGGCAGAGGCUGCAGCCCUUGUCUGGAGCAAGAAGGCCAUCUACGGCACUUAUGCUUGGAUCUGGGUCUGCUACUUUAUGCUCGCACUCCAUGAAUAUAUCAGUACCAACGUCCUCUACUAUGCCUACUCAAAUUUCAGCAAUGCCUCCCAAGUCACGACCGCCUAUAUCCUUGCGACCAUCAUCGGUGGUGUUCUCAAGCUGCCAAUCGGCAAACUACUUGGGAUCUGGGGACGCGCUGAAGGGCUGAUCGUCUUCGUCGGCGUCUAUGUCAUCGGGUUGAUCAUCCUUGCUGCCUGCAACGGCCCGAAUUCCUUCGCAGCGGGCUACGUCUUCUACUGGAUCGGAUACGAUGCAAUCUACCUGAUUCUCGAAAUCUUCAUCGCGGAUACCUCCGGUCUACGCAACCGAGCCUUUGCCUUUGGAUUCUCCACCACGCCCUUCAUCUGCUGCGCCUUCACCGGUUCUCUCGCCGCCAACUCCUUCAUCAAGACCUCUGGCUGGCGCUGGGCAUACGGUGCCUUUGCCAUCGUCCAGCCAUUUGUCUUCGCACCUCUCAUCUGCAUAUUCAAGUACUACGAACGAAAAGCCUACAAGACGGGCGUUCUAGUCCAUCAGGACAGCGGCCGGACACGGUUCCAGUCCCUCAUCCACUACAUCCACGAAUUCGACGUAAUCGGCGCCCUAAUCCUCAUGGCGGCCUUCGUCCUCUUCCUUCUCCCCUUCAGCCUCGCCAGCUACGGCCGCACCCAAUACCACAACGCCGCCUUCAUCGCUGAAGUAGUAAUCGGCUUCUGCCUUUUCUUCGCCUUCGCCGCCUGGGAAAAAUACUACGCCCGAGUCCAUUUCAUCCCCUACGACCUCCUCCGCGACCGCACCGUCCUCGGCGCCUGCCUCCUCGCCGCAGUCGUCUACUUCAGCUUCUACUGCUGGGACAGCUACUUCUACUAUUUCAUCAUGGUCGUGUACAACCUCGACGUCACCAAAACGGGGUACAUGACCUCGAUCUACACCGUGGGAUCCUGCGUCUGGUCGCCCAUCUUCGGCCUCUGGAUCCGCCUCGUCAAAGAAUUCAAAUACUCGUGCCUGUUCUUCGCCGUCCCCCUCAUGUUCCUCGGCGCGGGGCUGAUGAUCCACUUCCGCGGCCAGGACGCAGACAUCGGGUACGUGAUCAUGUGUCAGAUUUUCAUUGCCUUCUCGGGCGGUAUGUUGGUGAUUAGUCAGCAGAUGGCGGUGAUGUGUGCGAGUACGCGUGACGGAAUCCCGAUACUCUUGUCUAUGUUGGGACUGUUUAAUAGUAUUGGUGGCGCGAUUGGGUAUGCGGUUGCGGCGGCAAUUUAUACGAAUACCUUUCCCGAGGGGUUGAGGAGGGCGUUGGUGGAACGGGGCCAGGAGGAGGGAUUGUGGGAGGGGUUGUAUAAGGGGGGGUAUUUGAGUCAGAUGAAGUAUGAGCCUGGGAGUGGGGUCAGGGAGGCGGUGGAUUUUGCUUGGGGGUAUACGGAGAAGUAUGAGGCGAUUGCGGCGACGUGUAUUUUGGUUUUGAUGAUUCCGGCGGUGGCGAUGUGGAGGAAUUAUGGGGUGGAUCGGAAGCAGAAUAAGGGGACGAUGAUUUAGGGGUG